AAGCUUAUUUAAAAUGUUAUUCAUUUCUGGUCGUCACAUAAAAAGAGACAGAUGUGUGCGUGGAUUUGUGGGUGGAAGGUGGGGAGCUCAUAUAAAGCAACUCUUCUAGGAAGAAACGCAAUGCUUCAGAAGCUAAUGUUACGCGAGAACGUUGUAUCAUCUAGUCUCUCAGUUGUCCUAUUUAUUAACUUGUUAUACAAACAAUUCGUAUUCUGCUUUGAUAUAUUGCUGUAAAGUCAUUUGUUAAAUAUUUUAAAAUGUGUGACGACGAUGUAGCCGCGUUGGUAAUUGACAAUGGAUCUGGAAUGUGCAAAGCUGGAUUUGCAGGGGAUGACGCUCCUCGAGCUGUAUUUCCUUCUAUUGUUGGAAGACCCCGAUAUCAGGGAAUUAUGGUCGGUAUGGGACAAAAAGACAGUUACGUAGGCGACGAAGCUCAGAGUAAACGGGGAGUUCUCACUGUAAAAUAUCCUAUAGAGCACGGUGUCGUUACUAAUUGGGACGACAUGGAGAAAAUCUGGCAUCAUACAUUCUAUAAUGAAUUAAGAGUCGCACCAGAGGAGCAUCCCGUUUUGUUGACUGAGGCUCCCCUAAAUCCCAAGGCCAAUCGCGAGAAAAUGACACAGAUCAUGUUUGAAACCUUCAACACUCCGGCUAUGUACGUUGCCAUUCAAGCCGUUCUGUCUUUAUAUGCGUCAGGACGUACGACUGGCAUAGUGUUGGACAGUGGCGAUGGAGUGUCUCAUACAGUACCGAUUUACGAAGGAUACGCUUUACCUCAUGCGAUUUUACGCUUGGAUCUGGCCGGUCGCGACUUGACAGAUUACUUGAUGAAAAUUCUGACCGAAAGAGGCUACACCUUUACAACUACCGCUGAACGUGAAAUCGUACGUGACAUCAAGGAGAAGUUGUGCUACGUUGCCCCAAAUUUUGAGUGUGAAUUAGAAGAUUUGGAGUCUUCAAACAAUAUAGAAAAGAGCUACGAAUUACCGGACGGCCAGGUCAUAACAAUCGGUAGCGAGCGCUUCCGUUGCCCGGAAGCAAUGUUUCGGCCAAAUCUCUUGGGUAUGGAAUCUUGCGGCAUACACGAGACGACGUAUAAUUCGAUCAUGAAGUGCGACGUUGAUAUUCGCAAGGAUUUGUACGCCAAUUUGGUGCUUUCGGGCGGCACUACCAUGUAUCCAGGUAUUGCCGAUCGGAUGCAGAUGGAGAUAGCGAAGCUCGCACCGCCCACCAUGAAGAUCAAAGUAAUCGCGCCUCCUGAAAGAAAAUAUUCGGUGUGGAUCGGUGGCUCGAUCCUCGCCAGUCUCAGUACGUUUCAGCAGAUGUGGAUUUCUAGGCAGGAGUAUGACGAGCUAGGACCAUUUAUCGUACAUAGAAAGUGCUUUUGAGAUGCCAUCAUCCAGAAUAAUUUUCAACCGUCUUUAGUGAAUCUUAGUACG